GUUAAUGACUCGGCUAAACCAAACUGUAAGGUAAAAAAGAUCAUGACUGACAAGCCACGGUUGUGGCUGUAUUCCAUAAAAGACAUACACCCAGGAGAGCAGCUUACCUUUGACUAUGGUGUAAAAGAUGCUCCAUGGAGAAAGCGAAAGACAGUGACUCUGCCCCCAAAGUAGAUGUAGGUCAUGAUGACAGUGAUGAUGGUGACGAUGAUUACGACCAAGAUGACAGAGAGGAUGACUUUGGAGUACGUAAGAAGAAACUAAAGAUGGCUUCUACAAGUACGUCAAAACCAACAGUAAAACCCAAACUGGCAGCAGCAAAAACAGAAGGAAUGGCAACAAAUACCAUUACUACAAAGCCAACAGACAGUGACUCUGCCCCCAAAGUAGAUGUAGGUCAUGAUGACAGUGAUGAUGGUGACGAUGAUUACGACCAAGAUGACAGAGAGGAUGACUUUGGAGUACGUAAGAAGAAACUAAAGAUGGCUUCUUCAAGUACGUCAAAACCAACAGUUAAACCAAAACUGGCAGCAGCAAAAACAGAAGGAAUGGCAACAAAUACCAUUACUACAAAGCCAACAGAAGAUACUGAGAGCUUGGUAGCUUCCAGUACAGACCAAGAACAGAGCGACAGUGAACUGGACAAUGGUGAUUUUAAACAAAGCAUGGCCAUUCAAGAAGCCAAUGAUGAAAGGUGGUCUGAUGAAGAUAUAAGUCUUGAGGAUAGUGGUGAUGAAUAUAUACCCCCUGUGAGCAGUGACUUUACAUACAGUGAGGAAGACAUUGUGGAUGCUGAUGCCCAAUAUAAAGAACAGUUAGAUGAGUCAUAUAAUGCUGAAGAACAUGUGUCGGACAGCACAAGUGAUUCUGAUGUUAUUCCUAUAGAGCAGGAGUUAGUAAAUAAGUUGACAAAACCGAAUUUAACUAUAAUGCAAUCAAAAAAGAAAGAGGAUGGCACUCGAAUAUGGGACAAAAAACACUGUUGUCAAUACUGCAUGAAGUUGGUGGCAAAACUGCCCCGACACUUUGAGCAAAAACAUAAGCACGAGUUUGAGGUGGAACAAGUUCUGUCUCUUCCGAAAAAGUCCCCUGCCAGGAAAGAGAAGUUGCGAGAAUUAAUGAAUGCUGGAGACUUUUUACAUAAUAAGAAUGUGAUUGCUAAACAAACAGGAAACUUGAUCCCUUUCAAGAGACCAAAAGAAGAAGAUUCAAGUAGGGCUAGCGACUAUGUCACUUGUAGCCAGUGUUUGGGCUUGUUUUUAGGACGUGAUCUCUGGAGACAUGCCAAACGAUGUCCAAAGCAAAAUCGCACUGCAAGAAAACAGAAAAGGAUCAAUCACCAGGCAGCUGGUUUAGCAUUGAUGCAUUCUAAUGAUUUUAGUAAGAAUGAAUCGUUCAAAACAGACAUUGUAAACAAGUUUUCAUCUGAUGAAGUAUCAUUUGUUGCAAGACAUGAUGAGCUGAUAGUAAGGUUUGGAGAAAAGCUGUAUAGUAAACAUUCGCAGCAGCCACAUCAGCAUCAAUACGUAAGACAGAAAAUGAGAGAAGUGGCUCGUCUACUUAUGAAUGCAAGAAAAUCUGAUGGAAACAUUCACAACUUGAUGGACUGUGUUGAUCCUGUAAAGUUUCCAUCUAUUGUUGAGGCAGUAAAAGUAACAUGUGGUUUUGAUGGAAAUGGCAAAUACAAAGUUCCAUCACUGGCUCUUAAGAUUGGACACUCAUUGAGAAAAUGUGCCAAUAUUUUGAAAAACCAAAGUCUUGUUACAAGGAACUCAAAUUUGAAGGAGAAAGCCAAUAGUUUCUUAGAACUUUGUGAUGGUGAAUGGGCUGCUGAGGUUUCUAGUGCUGCGCUGCAGAAUUUACAUGCGGAAACCUUCAACAAACCAAAUAAAAUACCAAUGGCAGAAGAUUUGAAGAAGCUACAUGAUUAUCUUAAAGCACAAGCAGACACACUGCAAAAAUCACUGACAGAGUUUGCGGACAAAGACCACUGGAGAGAACUUGCCAAUGUGACGCUUGCACAGAUUGUUCUUUUCAAUAGAAGAAGGGGUGGUGAGGCAGAACGCUUGGAAGUUUCCCAGUAUUUGAAAGGAACCCAACAAUCAGUGAAGAUGCAGGCAGAAGUGGCCAGUUGCCUGUCGCCAUUUGAAAGGCAGCUUGCUGAAAAUAUGAAAAGAAUUGAAAUCAGAGGAAAACGUGGUCGACGUGUACCAGUCUUACUUACAGAUAAACUUCACCAGCAAAUGGAAAUUCUUAUGAAAACAAGAGAAGUAGUUGGAAUCAGCACUAGGAACAUUUAUGUAUUCGCAAGAUUCGGAGAUGCUGAAUUUCCGCUUAGAAGUUCUGAUGUGCUGAGAAAAUUUGCUUUGGAAUGUGGUGCAAAUAACCCAGAACUCAUCACUUCCACUUCUCUUCGGAAACAUGUGGCCACAAUUUCUCAGAUACUCAACCUCAAAGACAAUGAGUUGGAUCAAUUAGCCAACUUUCUUGGUCAUGAUGUGAGAAUCCAUAGGGAAUUCUACAGAUUACCAGAGGAUACUAUUCAACUUGCUAAAAUUAGCAAGCUUCUUGUUGAGUUAGAGAGUGGAAAAAUUCAAAACCAUGAGGGAAAAACUCUGGAUGAGAUUCAUCCAGAUGUUGAAGAUCUUCAAGUAGAAAUCCCGAGCGCCGAGUCCUCAGCUGAUGGAGAGACAGAUGGAGUUCCAUCGAGAAAAGAUCUUCAAGUAGAAAUCCCGAGCGCCGAGUCCUCAGCUGAUGGAGAGACAGAUGGAGUUCCAUCGAGAAAAGUCACUUGUAAGAAGAAAAGCACUAAAAGGACCAUGUGGUCGGAGGAGGAAAAAAAGGCUGUCCAUCAAUUCCUGGGAAAGUUCUUCGUGAGUGCCAAACUCCCGGGGAAGGCACUAUGCCUUGAAGCUAAGAGCAAAGCGGCAGUGCUGAGCCAUCGUCCAUGGCAACAAAUCAAAUUCUAUAUUAAAAACCAUAAAGUGGUGUGAGAUUCACAAUACAUUCAACAAUUGGACAACCCAGUUUGAUUGAACUUCGAUGACAUAAGACAAUACAUUUUAUUGUGUGUAACACAUUAUUCAACAAGAAUUUCAGUCAAAUAUGUCAUAUUAAACCAUAGGAAGUGUUAUGUACAAAGGUGAUUACUUUGGCUCCAUAUUUUAUUGAAUCAUCCCCUUUUAUGCUUUUUCAACUCAUUGUACUUAUUUCUAGAACUAUCAUACAUCAGUCAUUAGGUUUUGGUAACAAUGGAGCUUGAUUAAAAUCUUUCCUUAAUAUGCUAUUUUUAGCUCCCCUGAGUAUGCACAUGUCAGGUAUUGUGAUCGGUCUCCAUCCGGCGUAUGUCAUACGUCGCAUGUUCACUUUUCAAACAUCUCCAAAACUACAGGUCCAAUUUCAAACUAAUUUCACAGAAAUGAUUCUUGGGUCGACCUUUACCAAAGAUGUUCAAAGAAUGAUGAUAUCUCAAAAAACAUGGCCACCAGGGGCAGGCCAGUUAUUCUUAUAUGGCUAUAUAGAAAAAAUUGAAAAUCUUCUUCAAAACUACUGGUCCGAUUUCAAAAUAAUUUCUCAGGAAUGAUCCUUGAGUGGACCUCUACCGCCAGUUUUCCUUAUACACCUAUAUUGUAGAGAAUUUUUGUAAUGGUUCUUUGGUAGCCCUUUUAUCAGGUGAGCGAUAUAGGACCAUUAUGGUCCUCUUGUUAAACUAAUCCACGAUGAAAGCAUCUGACAAAAACUAAUAAAAUCAAUUUGAAAUGAAAAUGCCUAUUUCCAAUAGCUUUGCAAACUUUGUGGGAAAUCAAACAAUUGCUCAUUAUGAGCAAAUACUCAAUUACCCACAUUGUUUUCAAAGGUCAUGCAAUACAGAUGCCUGAAAAGGUGUUUCUAUGAGGUAAAGGGUUAAAACGGUGUAAUACAUAGAGGAUCUUACAUGAGUGUUUAUUCCAUAUCAUUUUUAGCUCGUCUGUUUUUCGAAGAAAAAAAGUCGAGUUAUUGAGAUAGCCUUGGCGUCGGCGGCGUCUGCGUCUGCGUCGGCGUCCAAAAACUUUAACCUUACCUCAUAACUCAAAAACCGUUCAACAUUUUCAAAUGAAACUUUGUACACAUGUUCCUAGGAAUAGUACGCAUAUCUAUACAAGGUCACAUAACUCUGGCUUUACUUAUUUUUGAGUUAUUCCCCUUUUUCGGACUUAAAAACAGACGAGCGUUGGCACCCACUCUGCGGUGCUCUUGUUAUGAAACGAGUUGACUAAAAAGCAUGACACAAGCCUUGGCGAGUGUCAUAUGGUUUUAGUCAACGAGUUUCAUAAAAAUGAUAUGGAAUAAACACUCGUGUAAGAUUCUUUUUAUAACAUUAAGAGGAAUUUUCGAAAAAAAAAAUCAGUUAAACACACUAGACAAAUCGUCAUCCGUAUAGGUUUUUGCCGUUAAAGGAGGGAAUAAAAAUGCGAUGUCAUAUCAACAUCCUGAAUACAGCUACGUCAUACGCAAAGUCAGCAGAUGGUACCUUGCUAGGCAUUUGAGCAUAUUUAUAGACCGGUUUCAAGUUUUAUUUAUGUAACUAGUUAAGAAAAGAACAUUGUCUUGCUGCAGUUUAUCGGUUUGUAAACUGCAACGGGCGUGUGCAAAGUAUGUGAAUCCCAUGUAAACUUUGCACGCACCCCGUUGCAGUUUACAAACCGAUAAACCCCAGCGAGACGACGUUUAUUUCAUUUUAAUUUUAUUUAUAUUUUGAUAAAAUAGGAUUUAAGCUUGACAUGCGAUUUAUUCAAAAUGUAUUCGGAAACAUCACAGAAAAAGAGAAAUACAGGUGUAUGUUGCUUAAUGGCGAACCCCUCGAUCGCCUCUAAUUGUCGAAACUUUCACCUGUCACUGUGCGGUUUUCACUCUUGUUCAUUACAUAAAAUAACCGGUUAUAACCAGUUUCAAAAUAAAAGGUUCAUUGGAAAAUAAACGUCAAAAUUUCGCAUAGGUCUAUAUAAGGACGUUACAUAGGGAAUGUAAAUAUUUACAUGAUAUUUAUGUCACUGCUUUAUGUCACUCCCAGAAGCCAAUUUAUGUGAUAGACAAUGUUUAUAGCUCUGACAUCGCUUAUAAUUGAAUAAUCCCUUUUUCUGCUUUUCAUAAUUAAUUUUUGUUUACAACAUAUAUUUCUAGAGUAAUUAGAGCUAAAUUAUUGAAUUUUGAAGAUUGAUGCUAUUUUUAGACUCAUGCACAAUGAUGAGUAAGAAGAUCUAAGAGAAUGGAAAACACCAAUGUUGAAUGGCUUUGAAAACAAUGUUGAAAAUGUAGUAUUUGCUCAUCAUGAGCAAUAUUCCAUUUACCACAUUGUUUUCAUUUGUCAUCUGCUUCAAGUGUCAAAAGGUGUAUCUAUGGAGUAAAGGUUUAAGUCACAUAGUACUAGCAUAAGCAGACUUGGCUGUAUAAAUGGGCUUUAAAUCAAAUGAGCCCUGCUGUACCAAAACCAACCUUUGGACAUUGCAAUCAGUAUAGACCAGAUCACUAACAGCAUUAAAAACUGUUGUCUGAUCAAGGUCUACACUGCUUGCCAGUCAUCAGCACAUACUCUGUGUUGUAUAUUGUAAUGACAAAUAGUAGACCCUGAUCAAAUAUCACAUUUUAAUGAGGCAGCUGAUCUGGGUCUCAACUCUUUGCAAAGUCCUAAGGUUAAUUUUUGUACAACUAUUUCACAUAUUCCCUUGAAACUUCAAAAUGACAAGGAGAAGUGCGGUGUGUAAGAACCAUAACUCUGCAUGCAUAAUUGUUUGAGUUAUUCCCUUUUUUAGCUCACCUGAGUUUACUCAGGUGAGAUAUUGUGAUCGGUCUCCGUACGUCCACACUUUAAAAACAACAUCUCCUCUGAAACCACUGGAUGGAAUUUCAUGAAACUUGGCUGGGACGUUCCUUGGGUGAAUCUCUACCAAAAUUGAUCAAAGAAUAAUGAUAUCUAAAAAAACAUGGCCGCCAGGGGCGGGCUGGUUUUCCAUAUAUGGCUAGAUCAAAAACUGAAAAUCUUCUCUAAAACUACUGGUCUGAUAUCAAAAUAAUUUCAUAGUAAUGAUCCUUGGCUGGACCUCUACCAAAGUUGUUCAAAGAAUUAUGAUAUCUAAAAAAACAUGGUCGCCAGGGGCGGGGCCAGUUUUCCAUAUAUGGCUAUAUAGAAAACUUUGAAAAUCAAAACUACUGUUCUGACUUCAAAAUAAUUUCAGUGGAAUGAUCCUUGGGUAGACCUCAACAAAUGUUGUUCAAAGAAUUAUGAUUAUGUCUAAAAACAUGGCGCCAGUGGCCUGGUCAGUUUUCCUUAUACACCUUUAUCAUAAAAAUUAUUUGCAGUGGUUCUUUUGUAACAUUUUUUAUGCCCCCUACCACUUAAGUGGUGGGCAUAUUGUUUUUGCCCUGUCUGUGUGUUUGUGUGUUUGUGUGUUUGUUUGUGUCCAACUUUAACAUUGGCCAUAACUUUUGAAAUAUUACAGGUAGAGACUUCAUAUUUGGCAUGCAUGUGUAUUUCAUAAAGCCUCACAUUUUGCAUGCAAACAUGUGAAGGUCAAGGAUAUCCUUCAAGGUCAAAGGUCAAAUAUAUAGGUCAAAUUACCAAGUUUAACAUUGUCUUUAACUUCUUAACUAGUCUAGAUAGAGACUUCAUAAUAGGCAUGCAUAUGUAUCUCAUGAAGCCGCACAUUUUCAGUGCAAACAUGUCAAGGUCACUGGUCAAGGUCACCGUUCAAGGUCAAAUCAAGGUCAAACGUCAUUUUUGUGACUAAACCCUGUGGGGGCAUUGCUGUUUCACAAACACAGCUUUCUUGUUCAGGUGAGCAAUAUAGGACCAUUAUGGUCCUCUUAUUAAAGUUUUGUGUAUUUCAUUUUGUCCAGAGCAUAACUCCUAAACUAUUUAAGAAAUUCUAUUGAAACUUCAUAUGUUGAUGCAGAAAGACAUAAGGGAGUGCAGUGUGAGUUUUAGUUAUUUUCCUUUUGUGGUUUUCAUUUUGUCCGGAGCAUAACUCCUUAACUGUUCCACAUAUUCACUUGAAACUUCAUAUGUGGAUGCAAUAUGACAAGGGGGAGAGCAGUGUAAGAACCAUAACUCUACAUGUAUUAUCUUUUGAGCUAUUCCCCUUUUUAUAUUUUCAUGUUUUUCAUUUUGUCCGGAACAUAUUGCAUUACAAACGGUAAUAAAUUAAAACAUAUCUUUUAAAAAUAGGGCUAUAGUCCUCAAACUAUGCAGAGUCAAUAAAAUUUGCUGGCGGGGGGAUGAUGGCCAUUUUACAUGGCUCUUGUUCAAAUGGCACCUUAUGUAUUAUGCCCACUAUUGACACUUCAUGUAUUAUGCCCACUAAUGACACUUCAUGUAUUAUGCCCAUUAUAUAUUUUUCCCUAAUUGAUAAGACUAUUGCCGACGUCACAAGAAAAGGAACACUCGGACAUAUCAUCAAAAAAGCACAGACUCCGCUCUGUUUCAGCACUGUUUUUCCAGCAUCUAGUCACGAAAUUUACCAUUUGUAUUCAUUUAAAGGUAGAAUUGGAUGUCCUCUAAGAUUGCAAACAGUGCUGACCCUGACAUGUCGCCAAAUCAGAGACGUGGCAGCUGGUCCUGGGCUACACUGUUUCCUAUGUUCGAGUGCCCCUUUUUGGGCGACGUGGCCCAUAUGGAUGAGAAUAAGAAUUGAGAGGGUAGUAGAAGUUUUGCACAUAGGGAUUUUGUUUGUGGCUUUACUGAUCAAAGUUAAUGUCACAUUAUGUAGCAAAUAUUUGUUUGAUACACCCAUGCCUAAGAUGGUAUCAGUUAAUGUCCUAUGGACACAGUUCUAGUUAUAGUUAUUGAAUUUUAGCUCACCAGAGUCUGGCCUACGUUAUAUGUAGUUUGUCUUCAAUUUCUUUAACUCAUUAUCCCCUAUGUUAUAUUUAGAUUGCGACGUCAUUUUGCUAUUUUUAGCUUACAAAAAAUAAUCUCAAAGGCAAAAUAUCGGUUUAUAUGAGUAGUUUUUAAGACAUAAUGGGAAAUAAAACAUUUGUUCCUGAGGAGCAAAUGUUCUAUUUCUCAUAAAGUCUUCAAACAUCAGCCACAAUUGAUGCGCAAUAAUGCGUCUCUAGGAGAUAAUGAGUUAAACAGCAUCUCCUCUGAAACCACUGGUUGAAAAUUGAUUUAACCUAUCUGGUUUAUUCUUUAUCGGUCCCCUUUCAAAGUUAUUCAAAGAAUACUAUUAAACUACUCAAAAUUUAAUGUCAAAUUUCAAAAAUACAGUUCUUGGAUGACCCUCUACCAAAGUUGUUUAGAAGUUUGAUAUGUCAGAAAAAAAUGUGGCCAACAAGGGCGGGACCAGUUUGCCUUAUAUGACUAUAAAGAAAUAACUUUGAAAGCUUUAUUUAUAAAAGCUUUAUAUUUAUUUCAAAAUAAUGUCACUGAAAUGAUCCCUUUGUGACCGUCUGCCAAAGGUAUUCAAGGAAAGAUGAUUUCUUAGUAUUUUCCCAAAAACUUAUUCUGGUUUCAUUAUAAAUUUGAUUAUUUGCAAUGUUUUGUUUGGAACCCUCUUCCCAUGAUCAGGCAUGAGGUCAUAAAACUUGAGAAUGAACUCUGUGCUCAAAAUUCAGAACUUCAACCAUUUGCAGUCACUUCAAGACACUAAUAUUUUAUAAAUACAUUUUACCCCUAUGAAAUAGGGAGGAGGAUAUUAUAAUGGCAUCAUCUGCCUGCCUGCGUCCGUGCAUGCCUGCAUCCGCACUAGCCAUAUCUCAGUAACUAACGGGUACAAGUAGAACUUCAUGAAACUUUGGAUUCGUCAAUUUUCCUAAGAGUUUUUGCCUUUGAUUUCUUGAAAAACUUACGUUCACAGCCAUUUCUCUGUUACUAGCUUGUAGAACUUCAUGAAUAUUUUAAUAAAUAUGACCCAACACACUGCUAUGAUAUCUCUCCAUUUUUCUUGUGGAUUGGUCAAUUUUCCUUAGAGUUAUUGCCCUUGAUUUAUUAAAAUAUCAAUGUCGGCAGCCAUUUCUCAGUAAUUAGAUGGUAAAAUUUAAUUCAACUUGAAAUGAAUAUGAGCCAACAUACUGCGAUGAUAUCUGUCCAAAUUCAUUUUGGAUUGGUUAUUUUGCUUUAGAGUUAUUGCCCUUGAUUUAUUGAAAAAAUCAUGUCCAUAGCCAUUUCUCAUAACAUAUCCUAUAGAAGUUCAUUAAUCUUUUUGGGAUUGGUCAUUUUCUCAAUUUCUGUUCAUACCCGUUGUUCUUUUAUUAAGAAAUGUGCAGGUCAAUUACUCAUUCAACACAAAGGCCUUCACGUACAAACAAGCCAUCAAUCACGAACAAGCCAUCAUUGGUGGGGGAUAUCUUUUCAAUGAAAAUGGCUUAUAUAUGAAAUCCUAUUGCUGAAAUACUUAUUUUCAGCUAAUGCUGUAAGAAUUAAACACUUGAGUUAAAAACUGAGUUUGAGCACGGAGUUCGUUUCAAAGUUUAUAACCAAGGGGCCAGAUGGUUCAAGUAAUCUCUCAGAACACUUUAUUUCAAAUGUGAAAUAUUAAAAAUGUGAAAUAUGGAAGCUAUUAACCCUUUUAGUAUGGAACUAUUAUAUAAAACCUUUGCUAGCAUUGUAGCCCCAGAUCAAAGGGCUACUGAAAUAGCCUGCUGAUCAGGGUCUGCACUGAUUGUUAUAAAAUAUAUCUCGGACAAAAUACUCCUUAACUCAAAUGGCUUUAUUUAAAAAAAAUCGAACUCUGUAUGUGAAAAUUAUUUCGCACUGAAAGGGUUAAGUAGUAAUCCAAGAAAGUUGUGUUUCAAAUUGUUGAAUUGUCGAAUUAAUAAAGUUUUCUUUAUGCUGCA